AUGGGCUGUUUCCAGUGGCUGUUUCGGCAGCAAGAGGCUGCUGGUCCUUUCGGCGCUGCGUUCGCAAGGAUUCUCGUCGAGGACCAGAAGGAAGUUCGGCCUUUGAAGCAGACGGGUGCCUGUACCUGCGCUGCUGGCGGCGCCUGGGCAAAAACCCCAGACUUUCCGGCAAGGCCGUUUUCAGUGCAGCCCGAACUGUCAACUCCGCGAAGUUCCAGGCCUUCGGUGGACACUGCCCCGCCAUCUCCGCAAGAUGUUUUGGAGGAGUGCGACGAGCAUCAGGAUAGAGAUGACAACAAGACAUUGGAUGCUCGUGGGAGGACCAAUGAGAAGUUCGAAGCUCUGUUCAGAGACAUCCAAGACCGCUUCGAGAUGGCAAGGCGACAGGGCCUGGCAUCUUUCGACAAGGCAGAAUGGAUGAAGGCUACGUUGGAGUUUUCGACGGCCUUGUGCAUGCUGGACUUGUAUCCCCCGGAGAAGAGACACGCGUCUUGGAAGCAGAGCAUGUCGGAGCUCUUUGCAAACAGAUCCCACACGCAUCUGCGACUCAGGCAGUGGGCAGCAGUAGAGGACGACGUUACACGCUGCCUCGAGAUGAACCCCGAGGCUGAGGAGGGACUUUUGGCGCAAGUGCGCUACCGCCGCGCGGUGGCCUCCGAGAACCUGGGAAACUGGAUGCAAGCAUUGGAGGAUGCCGACUUCGUGCUGCGUUUCAAGUCUGACAGCCAGGCCAUGUGCACGAUGAUAAAUCGUAUUGUCGCGCGCCUGGCGGCUGACAUCGACAAACAACUAGCAGCAACUGAGGAUCCAGAGAUUCGCCACCGUUUGUGGAAAUCUCUGAUGUUGAAGUGGCAUCCCGAUAAGAAUCCGAAUGUGGCGACGGCUGCUGGCGAGGUAUCCAAGCACCUCAACGCCAGGAAGUACCAUUCGUAG